UCUGAUUUUUUUUUCUUCUGUUGCUUCUUUUCCAUUUAACCAAUUUGACGCAACCGAUAGAGAAGGAGAGGGAGAUCUGAAUAAGGAAGUACGGAGAGAUGAAGGGUUGUGAGCUCUGCGAUCGGGCAGCGAGGAUGUAUUGCGAAUCAGAUCAGGCAAGUUUGUGUUGGGAGUGCGACGCUAAGGUUCAUGGGGCCAAUUUUCUCGUAGCAAGGCACCCGCGCGUGCUUCUUUGCCGGAGCUGCCAGGCUCAGACGCCUUGGCGAGCUGCGGGGGCGCGGCUUAGUCCCACCUUCUCCGUCUGCGAGAGCUGCAUGGCUGGUGGGAAAGCUUCAUCGGCAGUGGAGGGCGAGGAGAUGGAGGGAGAAGCGGAGGGAGGAGGGGAAAUGAUGGAGGAGGACGAAGAGGACGAUUAUGAGGACGAGGUUAGUGAUUCAGAGGAGGAGGAGGAGGAGGAGGAGGAAGGGGAGAACCAGGUGGUUCCGUGGACGCAGACUUCGCCGCCGCCGGCGAGCUCGUCAAGCGGGGAGGAAUCCUCAUGGACUGGUAGGGCCGGGGCUGUUCUCUUCAAUCAGAUGAGGGGGAAUGCGGAUCUCGCCUCCCAGCUUGAUCUCACUUGCUCCAAUUCCCACCGGAGUCAUCUAGCGGCCGCUGCGACACCGCUGGCUAGAUCUACUGAGAAGGACCGCCGUGGAUCCCUUCUUUGCCAGGUUAAUUCGUCAUCUGUUGCUAGGGCUGGCGCUUGCAACCAUAUCUCUACACACGUUUUUCAUUCCACCUUUGAUCUAGCGUCUUCAGCUUCUCGCAGCCCUCCGAACUAAGAUUUCGACUUCAAAUCCUACGCUCUAAUGUACAUAACCAAAGAGGAUGUGGAGUAUUUGGGCAGUUCUUUAGGCAGUGUUGUGAUUCGGAUGGGAAGAAGAGAUUGCAAUUCUGUUGGGGGAUUAUUGAUGUAAUCAAUCUAUGAGAGAAUUCAUCCCCAUAUCCUCAUUAACAGAGCUGAAGCUAUUCGUUUCUGGCCUUGGAUUUGUGAAAUAUUUGUAUUUUGCUGAUUUUCCCUUUUACAUUAUAAAUUUAAGCUUUCUUCUGUGUUGAA